GAAAUGGAAACCUGGUGGGUUGAAUUAAUAUGUGCCCCCAUGAGAGAUCUAAUCCUCUCUAUAAUCCAGUUGGAGUAGAGUGGAGAUAGUUACUGUCAUGUAGAACCAAUUACAGUAUGGACUUAUAGCCAGUCUUUACUCCAUAGAAUACAGUAAUUUUAUGAUGGAGAAACAACCCCUAGCCCACCUACCCUCUAGGCACUUGGGUAGAUCUGCAAGGAUGGGGUCUGGAUCUAUACUGAACAGAAAUGUCAACGCAACAUGCAACGAUUUUACUGAAUUACAGUUCAUAUAAGGAAAUCAGUCAAUUGAUAAAUUAAUACGGCCCUAUGGAUAUCAGGACUGGCUGCACCCCUUCCCAAUCAGAAUGUGUUUUUCCCCACAAAAGGGCUUUCUUACAGACAUAAAUACUCCUGUUUUAUCAGGUGUAUGGAUGCCGCAGGUGAAGAAGCCACAUGUGCAGGUUUGGGCUGGCGUGUUUAUACGUGAUCUGUGGUUGUGAGGGCGGUUGGACGUAGUGCCAAAUACUCUAAAACAACAUUGGAAGCGGCUUAUGGUAGAGAAAUGAACAUAAACUUCUCUGCCAACGGCUCUGAUGUACAGUUGAAGUCGGAAGUUUAUAUACACUUAGGUUGGAGUCAUCAAAACUAUUGUUUUUUCAACCACUCCACAAAUGUUUCUAGUUUUGGCAAGUCAGUUCGACAUCUACUUUGUGCAUGACAAGUAAUUUUUCCAACAAUUGUUAAGACAGAUUAUUUGACUUACAAUUCACUGUAUCACAAUUAGCGUGGGUCAGAAGUUUACAUACGUUCCAGAAAAUGGUGUCAUGUCUUUAGAAGCUUCUGAUAGGCUAAUUGACAUAAUUUGAGUCAAUUGGAGGUGUACCUGUGGAUGUAUUUCAAGGCCUACCUUCAAACGCAGUGCCUCUGCUUGACAUCAUGGGGAAAUCAAAAGAAAUCAGUCAAGACCUCAGAGAAAAAAACUGCCUGAAGGUACCAAGUUCAUCUCUACAAACAAUAGUAUGCAAGUAUAAUCACCAUGGGACCACGCAGCCGUCAUACCACUCAGGAAGGAAACACGUUCUGUCUCAGAGAUGAACGUAGUUUGGUGAAAAUGUGCAAAUCAAUCCCAGAACAACAGCAAAGGACCUUGUGAAGAUGCUGGAGGAAACCAGUACAAAAGUAUCUAUAUCCACAGUAAAACAAGUCCUAUGUUCACAUAACCUGAAAGGCCGCUCAGCAAGGAAGAAGCCACUGCUCCAAAACCGCCAUAAAGAAGCCAGACUACGGUUUGCAACUGCACAUGGGUUGAAGAUCUUACUUUUGGAGAAAUGUCCUCUGGUCUGAUAAAACAAAAAAUAGAACUGUUUGGCUAUAAUGACCAUUGUUAUGUUUGGAGGAAAAAGGGGGAGGCUUGCAAGUCAAAGAACACCAUCCCAACCGAGAAGCACGCGGGUGGCAGCAUCAUGUUGUGGGUGUGCUUUGCUGCAGGAGGGACUGGUGCACUUCACAAAAUAGAUGGCAUCAUGAGGUAGGAAAAUAUGGAUAUAUUGAAACAACAUCUCAAGACAUCAGUCAGAAAGUUCAAGCUUGGUCGCAAAUGGGUCUUCCAAAUGGACAAUGACCCCAAGCAAACUUCCAAAGUUGUGGCAAAAUGGCUUAAGGACAACAAAGUCAAGGUAUUGGAGUGGCCAUCACAAAGCCCUGACCUCAAUCCCAUAGAAAAUUUGUGGGCAGAACUGAAAAAGCGUGUACAAGCAAGGAGGCCUACAAACCUGACUCAGUUACACCAGCUAUGUCAGGGGGAAUGGGCCAAAAUUCACCCAACUUAUUGUGGGAAGCUUGUGGAAGACUACCGAAACAUUUGACCUAAGUUAAACAAUGUAAAGGCAAUGCUACGGAAUACUAAUUGAGUGUAUGUAAACUUCUGACCGACUGGGAAUGUGAUGAAAGAAAUAAAAGCUGAAAAAUCACUCUACUAUUAUUCUGACAUUGCACAUUCUUAAAAUAAAGUGGUGAUCCUAACUGACCUAAGACAGGGAAUUGUUACUAGGAUUACAUGUCAGAAAUGAUGAAAAACUGAGUUUAAAUGUAUUUGGCUAAGGUGUAUGUAAACUUCCUGCAGACAGCGUACCAACUGCAGUCUCCCUUAACUUGAGACAAGUGGCAUUGAUCAUGCUGUUUCAUCAACUUCUUGAUAUGCCACACCUGUCAGGUGAAUGGAUUUUCUUGGCAAAUGAGAAAUGCUCACUAACAGGGACAUAAACAGAUUGGUGCAGAAAAUUUGAAGGAAAUAAGCUUUUUGUGCGUAUGAAACAUUUCUGGGAUGUUCUAUUUCAGCUCAUGAAAAAGGGGAUCAACACUUUACAUGUAGCAUUUAUAUUUUUGUUCAGUAUAACAUGACAAAACAUCCUAGCCUAUUGGAUGGCAUGGAGAAGAUUCUACCAUAUUGGUUUUACCUGUCCAAUUCUCCCAGGGCUGAAUCUCAAUAGUCUAAAGUGGAUAUCUCCUCUCCAUCUGCACUGAUCUGAAAACUACAGGACAGUUCAAAGCAGUAUGGUGGAUGCCUUCUGGGAUUUUGUUUCCUCUGUCCAGCUCUUUCACAUUAGUGGAGAAGAAAGGAGACAGCAGAUGCAAAUGAGCUGUUAGUUAAAUCUGGUGCAACACAUUUCUCACUAUUACUGACACUUGUGUUUUUGUUGAACAUUGUCUAAUGUUGGCGUCUAAUAAGGACAACUAAAGUGGGAAAGGGGAUACCUAAUCAAAGUCAAUGAGACCAACAUUACAGGCCUGCUACCCAGGCCAUGAUUGAGAGGGGCUAAAUUAUACAAAGAUAGGGCGAUCUAUUAACCUAUUGGCCCGAGCGAGAAAGAGAGUCAGCAUAUCCAGAGGUAGAGAGACACUUAAGAGGGCUUAUCAUCCUCUAAUGGACUUGUAGGCGAUCGAUCAGCAUUCAAGGGUAGUAAUCCAAUACCACAAUGCACUAUCAGGAAGUUAGGAGAUCCAUUUACAUUCUCUAUAAUCUCUUACAGAGCUUCAAGCUCUCCAAGAUAUUACAAUAUGCCAAUGUUGAAAAACAUUAUGACAUUGAAGAGUCAGUAUAAAUCUAUAUUUCUCACUUGAACGUACAGGGAUAGUUCUGACAUUCAUAAACAGUUUUAUCACCAGAUUUAUAUGCCCAGUGCGUUAUUGUCAUAACAGCCAUAUAAAACUAUUUCAAAGCCAUAAAAUCUUAAUAAUCUAUUCAAAUGUCCCCCACACUUCACAUACAACAUCACUGCCAGUUCUAGUACUUCAGAUCAGAGGUCGAUGGUCAUCUAAAUAAGGUUGUGACACCCUGUCUGUGUGAACAAUGGCAGGUCAUAGUAGUAGGAUUGUGUGGAGAGGGCAAGAGAAUACUGAGCCUUUGAUGUAGCUCUGCACGCUCUCUUCUCCCUCGUGGGCCUAUCACCUGGUUGCCAUGAUAACCACCCUCCCACCACACGCACACACACUUCUCUCUGUCUUUCUCACUGUGCGGGCAUGCCAGGCCUUAUUCAACUUGACCAGAAGAGAAGCGUAGCAUGUGCAAAACGGCCUGCACAAAGCCCUGGCCAAGCAAAACCCUUUGUUGUCGUCCUGUUUAGUCUCUCUACAGCCAAAGCCCAGAAUCAGCAGUGCCAACAGUUGAAGGGAAAGUGCCCACCCAGCAAAAGCCCUAAGUCCCCCAUUGUGUGUCCUUUGUGUGGCAAGCCUCGCGAUACUUUCCAGCACGGCCCCGGACGUAUAUAUUGAGGUGUCCAACUUUUUUACUGUUACACUUUACUUGUGGGCCAGGUUGGACAGUAUCCAGUGGAAAUGUCGCAGUAUUCUGGAAAGGUAAGCUGCACCUGGGUCUUCUUGUAUACACACGGCAUCAGGUAGGUUACCACUGGGACAUAACUGACUGGAUAGCCAGGCCAGGUCUCCCUUGAAAAAUAGGUAUUUGGACCUUACUGGGACUACCAGGUAAAGUUUAGAGAGAACUCCAGCCAAUAAACAUAUAGGUUUGGGAGUGUAUGCAUUUAACAGGUAGUGUAGGUGUGAUAAAAUGAGUUUGGAAAUUUGGAGGCAAUCCCUGGUGAAAAUGUGAGAUUUGGAGAUUGUUCUGAUUAGUGCCAUAAUUCUGUUUGUCUUGCUGGGAGAAAUGUUAAAUCUGUCAAGGGAGUUAAAUGAUUAUAUCUAAAAGAGCAAGUCCUGGGAGCAUUUAUUUAAUUUAAACAAUCAGUGGCCGGUAUGGAUAAUUAGUUGGUGGCUGGCCAAUAGGAAUAGACAUACCAUAGUCUUGUAUGCAUAAUGCUGCUAAAGCCAACUCUAGUCUUUUAUUAAUAGCUGCAGUUGGUUUCAACACAUAAAUACAGCAUGGAAACAGACUGCAUGGCAACAUCUGGAAAGCUGAAGCGUUAAAGUUUCCGCGAUUAGAAAUGAAAAGGUAACAUCCGGUUGAGGCGACAUAUGCAGCGUUUACCUUGAAUGAAGUCUUCUCUAAAGCGGAAACAUUGCGUUUAAAUUUCAAUCACGCUGUAAAGCUGAACUUCCGCGAUGUGGAUUGAAUAGACACUCCAGUGACAAAGUGGCCGUUAAGCGUCUAGCCUGGGAUCCAAACUCAAGUGAACAAUAAAACGAAAUGGAGCAAUGGAGUUUGAACGAUUUCAAAUAGUAUUUGGAUGCAAAUACUUUAAGCGUUUGCUUUAGCCUGCCUGCCUGCAGUGGCAGCUGGGUGGGGGUUGCACUUUUGGGAUUUUUCUAUGGGUUGCAUUGCAACAGACAAGCCAAUUAUAUUAUAAUGAUGUUAAAUAUUAUUUGAUCCCAGGCUAUUCUUCCUCGACCUCCCCACCCUAACUAAUGAACUGUGAUAUUAACCUCCUCACCCACCCAACACAGAUCACCUUCUACGAGGGAAAAUGCUUCACCGGCAGGCAGCUGGAGGUCAGGGGCGACUGCGAUAACUUCCAGGACCGUGGCUUCAUGAACCGCGUCAACUCCAUCCGUGUGGAGAGCGGAGCCUUCCGCUGCUUCGACCACCCCGACUUCAAGGGACAGCAGUACAUCCUGGAGCACGGCGAAUACCCAGAGUUCCAGCGUUGGAACAGCCACAACGACCACAUGGGCUCCUGCAAGCCCAUCAAGAUGCACGGCGAGCACUACAGAAUGGAACUGUUCGAGGCCUGUAACUUCUCUGGCCAGUGUGUGGAGGUCUGUGACGACUGCCCCUUCCUGCAGAGCCGUGGCUUCAGCAAGAGCUGCAUCAACUCCAUCAAGGUCUACGGAGACGGAGCCUGGGUGAUGUACGAGGAGCCUAACUUCCGCGGACGCAUGUACAUCGUGGAGAGAGGAGACUACUGCAGUCACAACGAGUGGCAGGCCGAGAACCCCAACAUCCAGUCCAUCCGUAGAGUGGUCAACUACUUCUAAACCUUUUCCCCUGUCCCGCCCCAGACCCGCAUGGACUGACUUUCACCAUUCUAGAAAUGUACAAUAAAAAAAAAUACAUUUAAAAAACAUAACACCACAAAUGUAUUUUUAAUCGAACACUUGCUGUGUUAUGUUUCUGUGAGAUAUGUGUGAGUGUACGAGGGUCUAUAUAGAGCAGUGGUUUUCAACCUGGGUACUAGGACCCCUGGGGGUACUUGGGAAGACUCAUUAAGAAUAUUGGCUUAACGAUUGAUUGCACAUGAGGGGGUACUGCGAGAGCAAAACAUAUCUGGGGUAAGGUACCCCAAAAAGGUUAUGAUUAGAUAGCACAGGCGGUUGGUGGCACCUUAAUUGGGGAGAAUGGGCUCGUGGUAAUGACUCAGUGGAAUGGUAUCAAACACAUGGUUUCCAUGUGCUUGAUGCCAUUCCAUUUGCCCCGUUCAAGACGUUAUGAGCCAUCCUCCCCUCAGCAGCCUCCACUGGUAGAUACGGUAUAGAGCACAGGCAUAAGAAAAAUAAAUGUUCAUACGAUCACUCAUGAGGCAUGAGGCACAAAUACAUACUAAUUGCAAA